CUACCACUCCCCUCCACAAAUCCCCCAUCCCAAAGAUGGCACAGCCUGACCACCCGCACCUCACCACCUUCCCUCCUACCAUUUUACUACGGCGUCCUCGCCACAAGAAUCUACUGCCGACCCACUUGCUCCGCUCGCCUUGCCCGUCGCGCCAACGUAACAUACUUUCCUACUCCCUCCGCCGCCGUCGCAGCUGGUUAUCGCGCCUGUAAACGGUGUCGACCUGAUGACAUGCUGUUCAUUGGGGAAGCUGAGGAGGUGGUUAUGCGGGCGAUGGGUGUUAUUGGGAGGUUGCAAGGGAAGGGUGAGAGGGGAGGUCUAGAGAGUAUAGCAAAGCAAUCGGGAGUCAGUAAGAGUUAUUUGUGUAGGGUGUUCAAAAAGACGAUGGGCAUGACUGUUGGAGAGUACAUCAGGGAGUUUGAGAAGGUGGGGGAG